UAUGAAUUCUCAAUGAGCAGCUGCUUAAUAAACAUAAAGGGGUGUGUGCUCAGAAGAAACCUGACCUCCGAGAGCUCAGCAGUGGGCAAGAGAACAAUGGAGGAGGGAGGGUGUCCUUGAGCUGAGUGUUGAGACAGCCUCCAGCCGGGGGCGGAGGGGCAGUCGAUCCCGUCAGCCAAAAACAGUCAGAAGAGAGUGGGCUGAGCAAGGGGAGGAACUGGGAUUUCUGCUCCUGCCUGUGUGGCUGCAGGAGAGACCCCGGAUGCUGGGAUUUUCUCCACCAUGGGAUGCAGCCUCUGUUCUUUGAGGAAGCCUCAUGAGCAAUAUAAGCUACUCUACGAAGUCUGCAAGGUUAAUGGGAAGGACCUCUCAAAAGCCACCCAUGAGCAAGCAGUGGAGGCAUUCCGCACCGCCAAGGAGCCCAUCAUGGUUCAAGUUCUACGCCAGGGUCUUUACCCCCAACUGCUCGCCCCCAUCACAGACACCCAGGUGUCAGACAUCAGUACCCAGACCGACAUCACCCUCCAGCACAUCGUGGCUCUCACCAAGCUGCCUCCCGCCUCACCCCCGAGGACAGAGCUAGAGGAGUAUCUGCUGCCGGAGGAGUGAGUAGAGUAGCUGAUAGCACUGCAUCGCAGAUUCAUGGGAACUUCAGAGCGAUCAAAGACCGAAUACGGUCAAGGUCUUGGCAUAGAUUAUUCUUCUCCUUAGUUAAUCUUUUUUUCCUGGAGUCUUAGAGGAUGAACCAGGGAAAUUCCUUAUCCACAAAUUAAAAGUCCAUCUUGAUGUAAAAGGAAACAUACAGACAGAACAACGUUGCUGACACACCUGGUAAAGAUGUGUUUAACUAACUUAGAGAGAUCUUAAACUGCUCUUUUUGUGCACAAUUUCUUAACCUCUUCUCUCAUCACAAAUGUUUUGUGUGUGUGUGGCCUGGGAUGAAAACAGACUCUAGAGAUGUGUUGCACACUCGAACAAAGUGAUGUCGAAACAUACGGUGGUUGUAAAGUUCCUUUACUUUACUUUUUUUCUGAAUCUGAACAUACAAAACACAUUCAUCGAUCCGACGUGCGUCACACUAUGGCUGCUAUGUUCUUCUUCUUCUUCUUCUUCUACCACGAAACAUAGGACCCGAGGCUGCCCUAAGCGCCUGUUAAAAACUGAUCCCUUUCCAAACUCGCUUCACUCUCAGACAGAAUAGAUACCAACAUAUGUGAAUAUUCAGCUAAACAUGGACAAUGAAACAGUGCUUUUUAAUAACAAAGCAAAACAAAGUAUUCAUAGACUCAUAGACAAUAGACUCAUAUUUUAAUGGAAGGGGGGUUCCUUGAUCUAAAGUCUCCAGCAACUGGUCCCUCACAGAUGCACCAAUCAGGUGUUAUUUCUGGUCCGCUCUGGUUCUCUAAGAUCUAACUGAUCAGUCACCACUUUUUAUUUUGUAACAUAGAACAUAGAAACAUGUUCAUAGAAAAUUUUAAAUUAAUUUUACCUGCUGAUAAUCAAUCAGCAGGUCAACUGAUUCCAAUUUCAGCUGUUCGAUUGGUAAAUUUCUACCUAGCUCUGCAUAGACCUGUGGUUGAGUUAGCCACACUUUGAAUCGUUAACCUG